AUGCCUGCUGACAUGUUAAUGGAUAAUCCACCGUCGGUGAAUCGGAAACGUCCAUUGACCGAUGCCACAAUGGGGAUGAACACUCCAAAACGGGAGUACUACCAGGACUUCAAUCCAUAUCAAUACAUGAAUAUGGUGAUGAAUUCGCAACCGAUGUUCCAGUCCACGCCGUUUGCAAUGCGGACCGAUGACAAUCAGCCACCAUUUAUGAGUGGAGAGUUCUGCUCGCCGAUGUCCUACUCGAUACUUUCAGAAGAAGCGACACAGCUCGGGCGUGACAUGCACACCCUUGUUCAGCAGCAUUAUCCAGUACGUCCGCUAAUCGACAUGGCCGCCCGGAAGACGAUCAGUCAUCCCGAAGAACGACGGAGGGAUCUUAUUGGAACUAUACGAAUACUGGACGAAUUAAGCACUAUGUUCAACGAAUUACAAACACCUCUAGCCAGCCGCAUACAGAACAAUGUUCCCAUACAUAAUGAACUUGAGAUCGGAAUGAAUCACUUCAGUCUUAUCACUCACACUUUUGGCCCUAUCAAUCAAUCCACAUGGUGUAAUGCUUUUUUGAACUAUGCUAAGAUGUCACUUUCCAUGUAUCAGAAUCGUGGAUCGGAGCAAGUGAACCGACAGGUGUCUCGAAUUCUAUAUUGGUUGCUAGAGCUUUUCAUUCAAAUUUUCAUAUUCUGA